CUCCCUGAGAGUCAUCUGAGAGUCCCUCGAGUCCCUUUCCAGCAAGCUUGGACCCAGGACCACCUAAAGUCCUGAAGACUUCGUCCAUGCCCCGGUGGUUCUAUAUUGUGUGAAACAAAAGUUCUGCUUAGAUCAUUAAAAAAUGAGUGCUCACAGUAGAGCUCCAAACGCCUUUUGUGCGACAUGUCUAAGCCAGGAUAGGCAAAUGUUUACACUGCCGUUGCAACACAUUAAGCCCGUUUCUAUGUUUUACAAAGACUUGACGCUGACAGAAGAGGACGAGAUAUGCUGGGAGUGCAAACGUUUUGUUAUAAAAAUGGUCAACUUUAAGGACAGAGCCCUAAAAGCACAAAGGACUCUUGCUGCGAUGUUAAAUAAACAACCAACCACACUACAAAGUCUAUCCAAACUAACAAUAUCCAAUCGCUUCAACUUGGAAAUAAAAAGCCCACCACAAAAAACAGAGCCCACAGAAAACUUAGAUCCCCUUCUUUUAGAGAGAAUAAAAUCCGAGCCCGACUCAGAUUAUGGUGCACCAAGUGAAUGGAGCAUGGAAGUUGAUCCUAUAUCUGGCAACACUGAUGGAAAUGUUACGUUUGAAGUGGUUCAACAUGAAGUUAAUAAACCGACUGAAAGGCUUUUGAUCAAACUUGAGCCUCUACCUGGAAGACAGGAAAAUACUGAAGUUUCUGACGCUUGUGUGUCACAAAAGGAAUCUGUACCUUGUGGACACGAAAGGACUGGAGUUUGUGACGCUAGUGUGUCACAAAAGGAUCCUGUACCUUGUGGACACGAAAGGACUGGAGUUUGUGACGCUAGUGUGUUACAAAAGGAAUCUGUACCUCAUAGACACGAUAGGGCUGGAGUCUGUGAUGCUAGCGUAUCACAAAAGGAAUCUGUACCUCAUAGACACGAAAUGGCUGUAGUUUGUGACGCUACUGUGUCACAAAAGGAUCCUGUACCUCAACAUAAAAAAGUUGGUUUUUGGGAAACUAUGUUAAAUCGUGAAACUGUACCUGUGAGGAAUGAAAGUGGUGGAGUUUGGAGUGGUGUCGGGUUUGCGGAUGCAACGCUUAUGUCACUUUUAAAUAGAAAACACGUUUCAUACCCACCACCAAUAAGCGUAGUGCCCCAACGAAAACUACCAAUGAUGGAAGUUCCUACGCUGAGAAUCCUACCAAAAAACCCUACGCCUGAGAAAGAUGUUGAAAAACACUCGCUUGAAGAGCCAGAACAGCCAGUAUUCGAUCCAUCAGGCCCUAGUUUUACAGAAGAGAGAUUGACAGAAGAGGAGAGACAGAGAUGGUGGGAGAGUAAGAAAGAGAACGAGUUUUAUGCAAAGAGUAUAGAAGUGUUUAAAUGUGCGAAAUGUGUGGAGCCGUUUUUUACACGGAGGACGUUUUUGGGGCAUGAGAAGAUGCAUACUGAGACGUAUGGCAAGCUAUCCUGUGACGUUUGCGAGCUGAGGUUCCACACCGAGCAAGCCCUGGCGACGCACAAGGACAGGCAUUAUAGACUGCUGAAGUGUACGCGAUGUGCCCACGCGUGGGACACUCCCAACUCCAUGCGACGGCACUGCGAGACCGAGCAUUCAGUCCCUGUUACUCUCUGGAACUGCGACAUCUGUUCUCGGGAGUUCACUCGCUACAGAAAAUACUUGAAUCACAUCCGCGGGCACGGGUGCGAGGAGUGCCCCCAGUGUGGCAAGAAGAUCUUCGACCACAUGAACCGCAUGAAGUACCACUUGCUUACACAUAAGGAUAUGGAACGGCUAUUCAAGUGCUCAGAGUGUGACAAGAGUUUCAAGCAUAAGGCCAUCCUGACUACGCACGUCGCUCGAGUCCAUACUGGUAAGGACGCAGUGAUGUAUUGCGCGCAGUGUAACAAGCAGUUCAAGAACGCGUACUCUUACAACAGCCACAUGAAGUACUCCGGACAACACGUCUCUAGCGAGAUGCUCACGCACAACUGCACAGAGUGCAGCAGAGUGUUCCCGACGGGCACUAUGCUGCGCCGGCACACGGAGAGCGCGCACAGCGACGAGCGGAGAUACGAGUGCACAGUGUGCCACACGGCACAACUGCACAGAGUGCAGCAGAGUGUUCCCGACGGGCACUAUGCUGCGCCGGCACACGGAGAGCGCGCACAGCGACGAGCGGAGAUACGAGUGCACAGUGUGCCACACGGUAUAGUUUGUAGAUUUAUAUUGUGCAGGCACAACUACACAGAGUGCAGCAGAGUGUUCCCGACGGGCACUAUGCUGCGCCGGCACACGGAGAGCGCGCACAGCGACGAGCGGAGAUACGAGUGCACAGUGUGCCACACGGCACAACUGCACAGAGUGCAACAGAGUGUUCCCGACGGGCACUAUGCUGCGCCGGCACACGGAGAGCGCGCACAGCGACGAGCGGAGAUACGAGUGCACAGUGUGCCACACGGUAUAGUUUGUAGAUUUAUAUUGUGCAGGCACAACUACACAGAGUGCAGCAGAGUGUUCCUGACGGGCACUAUGCUGCGCCGGCACACGGAGAGCGCGCACAGCGACGAGCGGAGAUACGAGUGCACAGUGUGCCACACGGUAUAG